CCCCCUAUAAUAAUUUGCAGCCGUCUUCUCAAAUCUCAUUCAUUGAGUUUUUGCUUUGUUCCUUCGAUGGCUCUCUCCACAUUCUCCUUCCCCUGCCAUCUUCUUGCUGCAGCUGCCUCUAAUCACCACAAGAGUUCCAUGUUGCUUUCUGAACUUCAUCACCAGCAACAUCCCCGCAGAUUUCUCAAGCAAUUGAAGAAGAGAAGGGCAUCCGUUUGUGCAUCGCAAUCAGAGAUCGGAGAGUACCAUUCACAGAGGCCUGCGACUCCACUUCUGGACACCAUCAACUAUCCCGCUCACAUGAAAAACCUCUCUCUCAGGGAGCUUAAGCAGUUAUCAGAUGAACUCCGUUCUGAUAUCAUCUUCAACGUCUCCAAUACUGGAGGCCAUCUCGGUUCGAGCCUCGGAGUCGUCGAGCUCACCGUUGCCAUCCACCAUGUCUUCAGUGCUCCGAAGGACAAGAUACUCUGGGAUGUUGGCCACCAGUCUUACCCUCACAAGAUAUUAACUGGAAGGCGAGACAAGAUGCAAACUCUGAGACAAACUAAUGGCUUAUCCGGGUUCACUAAGCGUUCCGAGAGCGAUUACGAUGCCUUUGGUGCAGGGCAUAGUUCAACCAGCAUAUCAGCAGCACUCGGGAUGGCGGUUGGGAGGGAUCUGAAGGGAAGGAAGAACAAUGUGAUAGCAGUGAUUGGCGACGGAGCCAUGACUGCCGGGCAAGCAUAUGAAGCCAUGAACAACGCAGGAUAUUUGGACACCGAUAUGAUUGUGAUUUUAAAUGACAACAAGCAAGUCUCUCUCCCCACCGCAACUCUCGAUGGCCCUGCGCCGCCUGUCGGGGCUUUGAGCAGCGCCCUCAGCAGGUUGCAGUCGAGCAAGCCACUGAGAGAGCUGAGGGAGUUGGCUAAGGGAAUGACAAAGCAAAUCGGUGGGUCCGUGCACGACAUAGCGGCUAAAGUCGAUGAAUACGCCCGAGGAAUGAUCAGUGGAUCCGGCUCGACUUUGUUCGAAGAGCUUGGCCUCUACUACAUCGGCCCAGUGGACGGGCACAACAUAGAUGACCUCGUCACCAUUCUCAAAGAGAUCAAGAGCACAAAGACAACGGGUCCAGUUCUCAUUCAUGUCAUCACGGAGAAAGGAAGAGGAUACCCUUAUGCGGAGAGAGCUGCGGACAAGUAUCACGGUGUCACCAAAUUCGAUCCGGCGACUGGGAAACAGUUCAAAUCAAGCUGUUCGACAAAAUCUUACACCGACUACUUCGCCGAGGCGCUGGUGGCGGAGGCGGAGGUGGACAAGGACAUCGUGGCGAUCCAUGCAGCCAUGGGAGGUGGAACCGGGCUCAACCACUUCCUUCGGAAGUUCCCAGACAGGUGCUUCGAUGUGGGAAUAGCAGAGCAGCACGCGGUCACGUUUGCGGCCGGGUUGGCUUGCGAGGGCCUUAAGCCUUUCUGCGCCAUCUACUCUUCCUUCUUGCAGAGAGCUUACGAUCAGGUGGUGCACGACGUCGACUUGCAGAAGCUUCCGGUGAGGUUCGCGUUGGAUCGCGCCGGCCUCGUGGGGGCCGACGGACCGACGCACUCGGGGGCGUUCGACGUGGCCUACAUGGCCUGCCUGCCGAACAUGGUGGUAAUGGCGCCGUCCGACGAAGCAGAGCUGUUCCACAUGGUGGCCACAGCGGCUGCCAUUGACGACAGACCGUCGUGCUUCCGGUACCCGAGAGGAAACGGCGUCGCCGUUCCUCUUCCUCAGGGAAACAAGGGUGUUCCUCUGGAGAUUGGGAAAGGAAGGAUACUAAUUGAAGGGGAAAGGGUGGCGCUGCUGGGGUACGGGACGGCGGUGCGGAGUUGCUUGGCGGCGGCUUCCAUGGUGGAGCUCCACGGCCUCAAGAUCACGGUGGCCGACGCACGGUUCUGCAAGCCACUUGACCGAAGCUUGAUUCGGAGCUUGGCGAAGUCGCACGAGGUUCUCAUCACCGUGGAAGAAGCAUCAAUUGGCGGCUUCAGCUCUCACGUAGCUCAGUUCAUGGCUCUGGAUGGCCUCUUCGAUGGCAAACUCAAGUGGAGGCCUUUGGCUCUUCCUGAUAGAUACAUCGACCAUGGAUCGGCAAGUGAUCAGUUAUCAGAGGCUGGACUGACACCGUCGCAUAUCGCAGCGAGUGUGUUCAACGUCAUUGGACAGACAAGAGACGCACUUAAAAUUAUGAUGCCGUUGGAAAAAUAGGAAGAGACAUUAAACGUACGGUUUAAUUUCUUCUUGUUUUUCUUCAAUCCGGUGGAUUAAUUGCUUAUUCUCUGGUAGCUGAUAACGAAUAGGAAAUGGUAUGAAAAGGACAAAUCGAGCCAAGCAUAAUAAUAUGGACGCAGGCCGAAUCAUAACUACAGGAACAUGAUAUUUCUUCAUAUUAGGCUUUAUCGUUCUAGUAGUGGUUGCGUUUCAAUUGGUUUUGUUAUUGCUGGUGUAGGUGGUUUUGAUGGGAUUGUAGGAAUUAUAUAAUAAUUGCAUAAAAUAAUUAAACA